CCAGCCAGGCCCAGCCCAUUUGAACGAGUGAGGACAACUCUAGGAGGGGGCUGGGCUAGGGCUAGGGCCGACGGCGCGGGAAGCGAACGCUGCUUCCGGCUCCGCGCGGAGGGCUGUGGCGUUCGUCUCUAUUAAACAAUGCUAUGUGGGACUUGGACAACGUUGGCUCAUCCACUUACAUAGGCUCACCCUAUUCUUCUUGCUAUGAGUAAUCCAAAGAUAAAAACUAGCAAUGCCAUAGAGGUCAAGUUUGUGGCAGAUGAGGAUGUUUUGAAGCACAUUUCUGAAGAUUCAGGUCUUAAGGUUCGGAAGAACAAAACUCCACAUACACUUGAUGUAAAAAGAUGGGUGAAGGAAACGGAAAAUCGCUCAGAUGGUGAGGGCCAGGAUAUUUUUGAAGAGCAGGACUAUGUGUCUGUCCUAGGAAUAGACAUCCAAGGUUCUUUGAAAAAUGGCUCCAGUGCAGGUGGUGGGGAUGUCUUCUCAUUCCAAACUCCAAAACGUUCUAACAAGAUGGCAGAGAUGGCCUCUGAGCUAGCUCAGACAGCAGCAAAUAAAGUAAAACAUGAGAACCUGAAGAAUCUUGGAAAGGAACCAAGCACCCCUCAAAGCAGCACGAACUACUCUGGUUCAAGCAAGGGCCAGGUAGAGAGUAAAAAGAAUGAAUUUGUGUCAAAAACACCUUACAGACUCAGGAAAAGAAUUACAGCCUUAAAUAUGUGCUCUGAUAGCGAAAGUGAUUAUUCUACUUCGUGCUCUGAAGAAGAGGAGGGUAACAGUUGUAAAGAAACCGCUGAUGGAGCUGUUGAUCCAAAAAUGCCAACCAGACCCCAAACAUCUUUUGUUCCAGCCAGCAGAGAAACACCAGCUAAGAAGCUAAAGAGAGAUGUUCCUAGCAAUUUGGUAGAAGAGUAUUUUGAAGCACAUAGUAGUUCCAAGGUUUUAACUUCUGACCGAACACUCCAGAAGCUACAGAAAAAAAAACUGGAUCAGGAGGCCCUGCAAAACCUCUUGAACAAAGUACCUGUUGCUUUUACUUCUGAACGUGAAGAGUUAACCAGACAACAUGAAUCCCUCUUUUAUAAAUGGAUGUUGCAAUUGCACCUGGGAUUCAAUAUUGUGCUGUAUGGACUAGGUUCAAAGAGAGCUCUGUUGGAGAACUUCCGCAUUUCUCUGUUGCAAGAUUGUGUUCAUAUUGUUGUGAAUGGGUUCUUCCCCAGCAUAACUGUGAAAUCGAUUCUGAAUUCCGUAACAGAAGAGGUGCUGGAUCAUGUGGGCACUUUUCGCAGCCCUCAGGAUCAGUUGGACGUGAUCAUGAAAAGAUUUAAAGAAGAUCCUUCGCUGGAACUGUAUCUCAUCAUCCAUAACUUGGACAGUCGGAUGUUGAGAGGAGACAAAAACCAACAAAUCCUAGGACAAUUGUCGUCUCUUUCCAAUAUCUACCUCAUAGCAUCUAUUGAUCAUAUUAAUGCACCACUCAUGUGGGAUCAAGGAAAACAAAGCAUGUAUAAUUGGUUGUGGUAUGAAACAACCACUUACAGUCCUUACAUAGAAGAAACAUCCUUUGAAAACUCCCUCUUGACACAGCAAUCUGGGUCUUUGGCUUUGAGCUCCCUCACACAUGUUCUGCGCAGCCUCACUCCUAAUGCAAGGGGGAUUUUUAGGCUUUUGGUGGAGUAUCAGUUGGAGAAUAAGGAUAACACCUCAUUCCCAGGACUUUCCUUCCAAGAUUUCUACCAGCAAUGUCGGGAAGCCUUCCUGGUCAAUAGUGACCUAACUCUCAGAGCUCAACUCACAGAAUUCAGGGAUCACAAGCUCAUUAGGACUAAGAGGGGUGCUGAUGGAGUUGAAUAUUUAUUAAUUCCUGUGGACUCUGGGACCUUGACUGACUUUUUACAAAAAGAUAAUGAAGUUUGAAGGCUCUCAGGCACCCAAUGGCAACUGCUCUGAAGACCUGCUGGAAUACUUCCUGCAGCGUAGCCAAUUUUCAGAUCUCGGGAGUCUUAUCUACCUGUAAUAAUGGAGUAAAGCAUUGUGUACAAAAAGCCAACUUUUAGAUCUGUCCAGAUCUGCUCAGGUUUUCCAGUUUGGAUUAUGCUUUCCUUCCGUGUAUUCCAUUACAAAGAAAAUUUCACCCAUUGAUAAAUAAUGUGCCUUUCUGCUCAUAAAUCUGGAAAUAAGGGGUUGGAUUGGAGUUGCUUGUGCUUGAAAGCAAACUUCAGUGGCUGCCAGCAACUUAAUUUUUUCACCAAUGGACAAGUGUCUUCCAGUAUGUCUUAUAUACAGGCUACAUUAUUGGUCUUCUAAUGUGUGCAGUGUGAGAUGGAGGGAUUGCAGCGGGGAAAUGCCUGAAUUUGGGCAAAGCCAGAUAUGAGCAUCAGAGCUCCAGGAUAUUAUAGAGAUGUUUGUUAAACUUUUUAGCCUUAAUUGGUAUAAAGAAGGUUUAUAGAACACAAGCCAUUUAAAAAUCUGAACUGGCAUCUGUCUCUAAAAUUUUAAAAAAUAGCAAAUAUGCUAAUUUUAACACCAUAACGUCAGAAGUAAUGAGAUGUAGUAUUUUUUAAAAAACUCAUUUGAAUAAAAAUGUGUAGUUGUACAAUGA